AUGGCCGCCGUCGUUGUCAGAUUCCCGCCUCCGCAGGCGGCGUCGUGCUCCCCCGAGCUCAGAUAUCCUCGUUCCCAUGGUAUGGUUGCCCGUAGUUCAGUUGCAGAAAAAUCCACGGCCGCCGCUUCCUUCCACUGCAAAUUAAACGAGGGUUUUGCAGUGCCAAGAAGAAAAGCAACUGCAUUGAUUUUAUCGGGUCUCGUCUUCUCACAAGCCGACUUGCGCGAUAUAGCAUUCGCACAAUCUGUUGGGUUUAGGGAAUAUAUCGACAGUUUUGACGGGUACUCAUUGAAGUACCCUCAGAACUGGAUCCAAGUCCGUGGUGCGGGUGCUGAUGUAUUCUUCAGGGACCCCUUUGUUCUCGACGAGAAUGUCUCGGUGGACAUUUCUUCACCGUCGUCCUCCAACUACUCAAGUGUCGAAGAUUUGGGUUCGCCUGAAGAGGCCGGGAAGAAAGUGCUUAGGCAGUAUUUGACUGAGUUUAUGUCCACAAGACUUGGUGUCAGGCGAGAAUCGAGAAUUCUGUCGACCUCCUCGAGAGUAGCUGAUGAUGGAAAGCUGUAUUACGAAAUUGAGGUAAACAUAAAGUCGUACGCCAACAACAAUGAAUUAGCUGUGAUGCCUGAGGACCGGGUGGUGCGUCUAGAAUGGGACAGGCGUUAUCUUUCGGUUCUUGGAGUUGAGAACAACAGACUAUAUGAAUUGAGGUUACAGACACCAGAAAAUUCAUUUGCAGAAGAGAGAGCUGAUCUUCGUGAGGUUAUGGAUUCGUUUAGGGUCAACAAGGUGUCUACUUGA